ACUCGACAAGGAAUGGGCUUUUUUUAUAUAUUCAAAUAAUUUCACACUCCUGGAGCUUUUAAUUUGAAUAACCACGCCCCGUAAGGGAAGGCGAAACUUGUUAGCUGAUUGUUGUUCCUACAGCGACACCCACCGUCGGUAAAGAGCACUAUCUCAAUUAUGUUUUUCAUAUUCCUGAUUAUAUGACACACGUUGACAACACUUAUGACGUUUUUUUUUUCCAUGUGUAGUUUAUGCAACUUUAUGCUUUGACAGGUUCAUAACCACGCCCACUGAGAAAAAUGCGGAAGUUAGAAUUGAUUUUGUUUUCCUCAACACACAUUUUUUUCUGAUUAUAGUUUCAUAUUUGAAGAGUAUUAAUGUAUAGUUCUAAAAUAAGUGCAGCAGUCUGUAAUUUAAAUAUUUAACAUAAAAUUUGCAUAAUCACGCCCACUGCGAGAAAGCCUGAAACUAAGUCGGUCAUUGUUACGACAGCGACCCCCAAUGUCAGAAUGAGGCAUUGCACGAAUCAACGACGACGAUCACAUGAGGACUGUCACCUGACUUGCUCCCUAUAUACGCCCUUUUAGUUCGCUUCGGUACAAACCAUUAGAUGGCUUUUGAAUGUUUAGUUAUCGGAUAUUUAUAUUUAAACGUCUAUAACCUGUAAAUGAAACGAGGAAGUACGUUGUACGAGUUCUUUUCCGGGAGCAACCUGCUAGCUAGCUAUACAGGUACUCCUCAUUCAUACCACGGUUUGAAAUUAACCACUUUCUAUGGUGAAUGUAAUUUCAAAAUAUCUUAGGAACGUCUGAAAUAAACCAAUGUUAUGAUUGAAAAUGGGCGAACGAGUCACGAAAAGACUGUUUACGAGAGCCAACUGCUAGCUAAGGAGAAGGCUAGCUGCACAGCCAUGUCGCUUUAGUUCUCGAGCUUCUUCCUUCGCUGAUUCUAAAUAAAAUUCCACGUAAUUAUGGCUUCAAUAUUGGACGAGUACGAGGAUUCGCAAAACGCGCAGCAGCAUGGCUGCCCGGCAGGCGCCAACAUCGGGAUAACGCACUCGGGCUUCGUCAAUGUGCGACUCGAAGAGGAAAAGCCUAUUUUCAACAAGCAGAGGAUCGAUUUUACACCGCCAGAGAGGAUAAAUCACCUGGCAGUCUGCAACAAUCAACUAUGCAUGAGUCUGGGGAAGGACACCCUGCUGAGGAUUGAUUUGGCUAAACCUGAUCACCCCAAUCAGAUUGAUCUUGGAAGGAAAGAUGACAGCAAAGUGCACAAACUUUUUCUGGACCCGACAGGCUCCCACUUGGUGAUCAGCUUGAGCACCAGUGAGUGUCUGUACCUGAACAGGAAUACGCAAAAGGUUCGCAGUCUGUCUCGCUGGCGGGGCCACCUCGUGGAGAGCAUUGGCUGGAACAAGCUGCUAGGCAAUGAGACCAGCACGGGGCCAAUCUUGGUGGGCACUGGCCAAGGCGUCAUCUUCGAGGCCGAGAUCUCUGCCACCGAAGGGAGCCUCUUUAACACCAACCCGGACCAGUACUUCAGACAAGUCCACUCCCUGGAGGAAGACGGGAGUCCGGCGCCUGUGUGCUGCCUGGAGGUGGAGCGCGGCCUGGAGAACAAGUAUUUCAUCAUUGCCACCACCCGCAAGCGCCUCUUCCAGUUUGCGGGCAAGGUGGCUGAGGGUACGGAGCAGCAGGGCUUCAGUUCCAUCUUCACCCAGAACCAGGACCUGUUGCCCAGCUUUCAGGAGUUCCCGGCCAACAUGGGCUACAGCGAGAUCACCUUCUACACCUCCAAGCUUCGCACUUCCCCCAAGGCCUUUGCCUGGAUGAUGGGCAACGGGGUGCUCUACGGGCAGCUGGAUUACGUUCGGCCUGACUCGCUGCUGAGUGACGUGCAGGUGUGGGAGUACACGACCGACAUCGACCUAUCCCUCAAUAAGCCCAUCUCCAUUGUGCUGACCCAGUUCCACUUCCUGCUGUUGCUGCACGACCGGGUCAAGGCGAUCUGCACGCUGAACGGCCAGGUGGUUCAUGAGGACGUGUUCCCGGACAAGUUCGGCCCUCUCAAGAGAAUGAUCAAGGACCCGUCGGGCGGCCUGGUGUGGAUCUACACGGAGCGAGCCGUGUUCCGCUACCACAUCCAGCGCGAGUCCCGCAACGUGUGGCAGAUGUACAUGAGCAUGAACAAAUUCGACCUGGCCAAGGAGUACUGCCGCGAGCGGCCCGAAUGCAUGGACAUGGUCCUUGCCAAGGAGGCCGAACACUGCUUCCAGAACAAGCGCUACCUGGAGAGUGCCAAGUGCUACGCCCUGACGCAGAACUACUUUGAGGGGAUUGCGCUCAAGUUUAUUGAGGCCAAGCAGGAGGAGGCCCUUAAGGAGUUCUUGAUAAAGAAGCUGGCCAAUCUGAAGCCGAACGAGAGGACGCAGAUCACCUUGCUCGUCACCUGGCUGGCCGAGCUCUACUUGAACCGGCUGGGCCAGCUGGAGGACGACGACGGCAAGGCGGGCGUCCUCUUCCGGGAGACCCGCGACGAGUUCCGCCACUUCCUGAACACCUCCAAGCACCGCGAGUGCCUGUUCAACAACCGCGGCACCAUCUACGACCUGCUGGCCAGCCACGGCAACGUAGAUGACAUGGUGUACUUCUCGGUGGUCAUGCAGGACUACGGGAGAGUGGUGUCGCACUACUGCCAGCAUGACGACUACUGCGCCGCUCUGGACGUACUUGCCAAGCACUGCGACGAGAAGCUCUUCUACAAGUUCUCCCCGGUGCUCAUGCAGCACAUCCCCGAGAGGGUGGUGGACGCCUGGAUCCAAAUGGGCAAGCGGCUGGACCCCAAGCAGCUCAUCCCGGCGCUGAUGAACUACAGCCACAAGGGAAGUAGCCAGCAGAUCAACGAGACGGUGCGCUACAUGGAGUUCUGCGUGCACGAGCUGCGCGUGACCGAGGAGGCCAUCCACAACUACCUGCUGUCGCUCUACGCCAAGUACAAGCCCGACUCGCUGCUGCGCUACUUGGAGGAGGCGGGCACGUACGCCUCGGAGAUUCACUACGACCUGAAGUACGCGCUCAGGCUGUGCGCCGAACAUGGCUACCUGCGCGCCUGCGUGCUGGUGUACAGGAUUAUGGAGCUGUACGAAGAGGCGGUGGAUCUCGCUUUGCAAGUGGAUGUGGAUUUGGCGAAGAGCUGCGCGGACCUGCCCGACGAUGAUGAAGAGCUGCGGAAGAAGCUGUGGCUGAAGAUCGCCCGCCAUGUGGUGCAGGAGGAGAAGGAUGUGAAAAAGGCCAUGAACUGCUUGUCCAGCUGUGACCUGCUCAAGAUUGAGGACAUCCUGCCUUUCUUUCCCGACUUUGUCACCAUUGACCACUUCAAGGAGGCCAUAUGCAGCUCCCUGGAGGAGUACAACAAGCACAUCGAGGAGCUGAAGCAGGAAAUGGAGGAGGCCACUGAGAGUGCCAAACGCAUCCGAGAGGACAUCCAGGAAAUGCGCAACAAGUACGGCGUGGUGGACUCCCAGGACAAGUGUUCGGCUUGCGACUUUCCAUUGCUCAACAGGCCUUUUUAUUUGUUCCUGUGUGGACACAUGUUCCACUCUGACUGCCUCCUGCAGGAAGUGACACCUCACCUGUCUGCCUACAAGUUGAGUCGUUUGGACGAGCUGCAGAAGAAACUCUCAGCCUCCACGCAGGCGUCCAAGUCGCGACACCGGCCUACGGCUAAUGAGGAGGGUGACGCGACUAGCCUCGGGAAGGAAGGUGCCAGUCGCGAGCAGAUGAAAUCCGACCUGGACGACAUGGUGGCUUCCGAAUGCGUGUACUGCGGCGAACUGAUGAUUAGGUCUGUGGACAAACCCUUCAUUGAUCCGAAGAAGUUCGAGGAGGAUAAAUCCAGCUGGCUGUGAACAAACUGGAUUUGUGCUGGAUGUAGUAGAUUAAGACGUUUGUCCGCUUGCAUGUGCCUGAUCCAUGACCACUACUGAGUAUAGUGUCAGCUUACAAUGGUUGAGGUGGAUUUGGAAUAUUUUUACACUUCCGAAUUACAUAAGAUCAUGUAAACUACUUCCCAACACAUCUAAAUGAAAAGUUUAGGAUUAAAUAUGCUUCAACCGUCCACACAUUUUCUAAUCCACUUAUCCUCACAAGGGUCACGGGUGUGCUGGACCUUAUGCCAGCUGUCCUCAGGUAGUUGGCGGGGUACACACUGAACUGGUUGCCAGCCAGUCGCAGUAAGUUGGCAUCAUGAAGUGUUUAUUGCUAUGUUCUGUAACCUGCUUGUUCUGACAUAGCUUGCACUUAUAUGUCCAAUGGUGAAUAUUUCCUGCUCAGUCUGUCUUAACUAAACCAUAAAUAAAUCGUAUUAAUAUAAUGCUUGGUCACCUUGA